AGCGGCGUUUAUUUUCACAAUGAGCUCUGAUCAUGGGGCUGGGGUGUGUGAGCGGCGAGCCGCUCCGGGGUGGGUCUGUUCACGAACGUUAUUUGUUAAUAUGGCGACGCUCCCCGGCCGCUGGGGCUCUGAUUCCUGAGGCUUCCUUCCAGUUGGAGGAGGUUUCCUCACAGUGCAGGUUACUCCUCUUCUCUGGAGCCACACAAAUUCCCGAGUAACCGCUUGUGUUGAGUAAAGGGCGGGGUCUUUCUGGUCUUGAAUCGUGGUGCUCUUCUAGACGUGGACACAUCUGUAUGAGACGAACGGUAGAAAAUCCAACCAGUGUCUCGUUUCCUCGAAAGCAGACCGGUGAACUAAGGAGCUGCUGAACAUGAGUGAUGAUAAACCCUUUGUUUGCACCGCUCCUGGAUGCGGCCAGCGCUUCACGAAUGAGGACCACUUGGCUGUUCACAAACACAAACAUGAGAUGACAUUAAAGUUUGGUCCAGCUCGUAAUGACAGUGUCAUAGUGGCUGACCAAACUCCGACUCCAACUCGUUUCCUUAAGAAUUGUGAAGAAGUAGGGCUAUUUAAUGAAUUGGCAAGUCCGUUUGAAAAUGAAUUUAAGAAGGCAUCAGAAGAUGACAUCAAAAAGAUGCCCUUGGACAUGUCACCACUUGUGUUACCAGCUGUUAGGACUAAAGUGGAAGAUAUGCCAAUUGUGGAAACAACUCAUCAGAAUAGUCCGCUCCCUCACCCAGAGUCAACCACCAGUGAUGAAAAGGAUGCCCCAUUACAACAAACACAAACUGUAUCAACUAUUCGUCCAGCAUCUUUGCAAGUUCCUAAUGUACUACUUGCAAAUUCAGAAACUGGUGUUGUCAUACAACAGGCUUUGCCCUCUCCAACCUCUACUUCUGUCAUCACACAGACUCCACCAACAAACAGAAAUAUAGUACCAGUAUCUGGUUCAGUUCCUCUCUUGUUACAGCUACCUAAUGGACAGACCAUGCCUGUCACUAUCCCUGCAUCAAUCACAAACCCAUCUGUCCGUAUUCAUACAACAGUUCCUAUUAUCAGGCCUGUCACCAUGGUGCCUAAUAUCCCUGGAAUUCCAGGUCCUCCAGUCAGCAACAUGGAACCUUCCUCUCCACAACCUCUGCAGUCAGAAGCUAAACUGCGACUGAAGGCAGCUUUAACACAGCAGCUCCCUCAGGUUACUAAUGGUAAUAAUUCCAUUGGUCAAACAAGUGGCACAAUGAGGAUUCAAACAAAGGAAACACAUCCACAGUCACUGCAGGAAGCCGCAACUUCCACUACUCAACCAAUGAGCUCCCCAGGUCAGCCGACACAACAGGUCCAGACGAGUGGUGGGCGGAGGCGGCGAGCAAUGAAUGAAGAUCCAGAUGAAAAGAGGCGGAAGUUUUUAGAACGUAACCGAGCAGCUGCUUCAAGAUGCAGACAGAAGAGAAAAGUCUGGGUGCAGUCUCUUGAAAAGAAGGCGGAGGAUCUCAGUUCAACAAAUGUCCAACUACAGAAUGAAGUCACCCUGCUGAGAAAUGAAGUGGCUCAGCUGAAGCAGCUACUUCUGGCUCAUAAAGAUUGCCCUGUAACAGCCAUGCAGAAGAAAUCUGGCUAUCACAAUGUAGAAAAGGAUGAGAAUUCUAUAGACAGCCCGUUACCCAGCAGCCCCCAAACCCAAGUCAUCCAACACAGCUCUAUCAGCACUUCAAAUGGUAUAAGUUCAACGGCAAUGGCAGAGGCUGUUGCCACUUCUGUUCUCACCCAGAUGGCAGACCAGAGUUCAGAGAUAAACCUGCCCGUCCAGUCUCAUGUUACAAUUGCUCCUUCGUCUCAGUCUCAACCUUCAGCAAGUUGAUCGGAUAAUAUUUGCGUCACAUAAAUCAACAGAUAUUGUCUCAACGGUGACUGUAAAAUGGAAAUUUGAGAACUGGGACGACAGAUCUCCAAAAACAACUUCUAUGCUCCAAGUUUAGUGCUUUUAUUAGUUGUAUUUCAGAUGUGGCUACAGCAGUGUAAACAAAAUGAACACUUAACUUCAGCCUUGAAAACAGAUAUUUUAGUCAUUGUUCUUUGAUCCACAAUGCAUUUCUAUUUUCUACACUCAAGUAACAUUUAAGUAUCUUUUUCUGUCUGUCUUUAUGGCUGUGCAGUGGGGGACAAAAGAUUUUUGUGAGCAAUGUUAUUACUUUUUAAGGUGACUCUCCUGAAACUGUGAAGGAAGUAUCAAACUUAAUAUUACUAGGGAAGCUCAACGUGGGCUAUCCUACCUGUAAUCGUGUUCACCUGGUCAUGAACUGCUUUCCAGAGGUCCAAGAUAAACCCAGCCUCCAAUCCAUGUCAUGCAAACAUAACAUUGGAAAAGUGACAUUUCCAGUGCUUCUUUUCAAACAAAUGUUUUAAAUUUAAAACUGCUAACAAAUAUGUGAAGUAAUUCAACAAAACUAAUUACCCAUCUAAACAAGAAAUGAAUAAAUUUUUGGACCCUGAGCUGGCCAUGAGGGGGCCUUUGUUCUCAGACAUAGGAAGCAUUUAUCUCUUUUUGCCUUUUCUAAUUUGCACAUUGUGAUGGGAAUGAAAGAUUGAAAGAAUGUUCAUGAUUGUUAGUAAUUUUGUUUAAUUGGACUUAUGUUUUGUCAAUUUUUAAUAAGGUGUAGACAGUGUAUUUUGUUUUUUAAUCUUUAGUCUGAAAAGCUCAGCAACUUUGUUGGGUGUCAUGAUGAAUGAUGCAUAUUUCAGUGGUCUGUUAUUUAGACCAACGGUUCUGUGAAUGUUGCCUUUAAAUAUCACACUGACCUUUGGAAUCCUAUUUAAAUGAUUGUGUAUACAGAUAAUGAAUAUUGAUGAUUAACAUUCCAUGUGCCGUUUGAUUGUAUAUUAUCUUUCUUCUCAUCAAAACUUCUGUGAAAUAUUUGAUUUUACUAAAUGUGCCAUCAACACUGCAGUGACUUCUUGGUCAAACUCGGAUAUGAUUUGAAAUUGGAGAAACAGAAGAACUACUAGAAUUUUAUGCGUUGACACUGACAACAUCUGUAUGAAAAAGGAAGAAAGAUAUAUUUUGGACAACAGAAUGUCAGUAGUUCAAAGUUGUCUUCACGUGUGUAAAUAAAACUAUAGUUACAUCACAUUGAGCUGCCACAAAGGAGUUGCUUUUAGUAAAAAUAACAGGACAUGGAAUGUAAUUUCUCCAGUACAGCUUACAGGUCUUCUAGUUUAUAAUUGUGUAAUUUGUCAAAUUAGACUGUAGGAACUGAGACAGGAUGUUUGAUAGAAGCUUCUUGGGACCUUUGAAGAAACCUCUCAACAUAUAGUGGUAGAUUAAUAUCUCGUGAUGGAUAUCAGUUACACUAUUCAACAGAAUCAAUUUCAUAAUCCUUGUUUUACAGACUGUAUCUGUAGACAAAAAUUGUAUCUUUAACUUCCGGAUUGCAAGCUUCCCUUUCUACAGAGGUAGCUUGAGGUGUAAUCUUCCUCUUUGUGCAAUUUGCAUGAGUAAGUUCUCUGAGAGAAUAAAUAAUUUAUCAAAGAAAAAUAUGUCAAUAAACUGUUUUUAAAUGCGUAAAAGAACAACAUUUUUAUUUAACAGUGCGAGGGGUGUUCGAAGUGGAAUUAUUGUGUACUUCCUUUUAAUACUAGUGCUGCCAUCUGCCAAAACCAACUUGUAUAGCAGAAUUGACUUUUCCAGGCUCUGAAAUUGAAGCUUGAUUGUCUUGUUGGAUUACAGGUUAAUGAUGCAAAGAUUGCAGCACUUAAAGUGGCAUUGACUCUCUUCUUAGCUUUCUAAAAGCUAAUGUUGAAUUUGUUUCCAAAAUAAAAAAGUCCCAUGUUAAAAACUUCUCAAUUAAUUUAUUUUUCCCUCUUAUUUACAUAGGAUAUCCAUAACCACAAUAAUAAAUUGAACUUAAAAUCUAUCAUAAGAGGUUGUUGGUUGAAAAGUAACUCUUUGCAAUUUAAAUCAUUUGAAUUACUAAACCAGCAAGCACCAUAAUGCAUACUAAUGUAAAUCCAGAGUAAGUUUAAGUAAAUAAUUUAAAUGUUUAAUCCUAUUGAAACUAUUAUUUUCAUUUUAUAUUCAACAGAUUUCAUUUUUCAUCUAUUCAGAAUUAUCUAACCUGUCUUCUUAUAGCAUAGCAAAUCACUGAAUUUUCGGAGGUUUGUGUUUGAGUGGAGGUUUAAGUAAUAUUUAAGUUGAGAUAUUAGUUACAUUAAUAUGACAUUAGUUAAAUAUUUAUUUAAACUAAAACCAAAGGAAUCAAAAGCGAUGAUAUGAAAAUUGUGGCUGUGUGAGGAUGACACAGGGCAGCAGGUGUGAUAAACUGUUACAUCUCCAGGCAGAGGUAGCUGCAAGCAACAGCAGCAAAGAAAUUAAAGAAUAGCAGAAGUAAAACUCCCAGAGUACUUCAAUGAAUUAAAAGUUGUAUUUUUAAGCAGGUGCGAUGACAAGAAAUGUAAUUGUGUUCUUUGAAGUAUUUUUACCCCGUUACAUUGCUUCUGUUGUUCUCUGUUUUCAUGUUUCUAGUUCUGUACAGCUAUUAAUGUAAACAACCAUGUGCUCCUUCCCAAAUGUUUUCCAUUAUCCAAUGGUGUGCUACUGUCGAGCUUGGUUCUACUAUUGCCUACCAAAUUAUAGUCAGAGUGUCUCUAGAAAUGGCUUCCCAUCACACCUUUUUUCUCUACAUAUUCUCUUCGUCUAUUGGUUUCAUCACACAUAGAUUUAGAGCUAACUUCCGCAUCAAUGCUAAUAAUGGCCACUUUUACUCCACAUUACCUUCCUCAGUCUAUCCAGUAUUUAUGUCAUAUCAGAUGACAUGUCUAAUACCUUGUCUUGAAUGAGUUGCAAUUAUCUCCAGCCAAGUAUUGGUGAGACUCAAGCUGUCAGUUCUAGCAAUUCCAUGAACUUCAUUCCAAUGCUUUCCUUGUCUCAAGAUGAACAAAGCUAUUCGCAAUAGCGGUAUCCUAUUCAAUUAUGAGCUGAGUUUGCAUCAAGGCCAUGGAAUUCCGAAACCAUAACAUUGCUGCUAGUUCCAUGCCUCAGCCUACCUGCUGCUGAUACGCUCGUGCAAGCUUUUAUCACCCACACAGCACUUGUUCAGCUCAAUGUUGAUUUUAUUGGAUAAUGUUUCUAUGAUGUGCUUUUGGUCAUUUUUACUGUUAAACAUGCUAUAUUAAUGUAAAUAAUUUGUUUUGUCAUCCCCAGUAUUGAUUGUUCAGAUGACGUUCUAAGAGCCUCAUGACUUCCACCUUGCAGAAAUUUUGGUACCACUGUCAUUUGUUGUUCACUGACUUGCAAGGCCCAAAAAAGGCCGUUCACAUGCCUCUUAUUUAAAAUGUUCAGUCUUGUUUUUGAUUCCUUUCAGAUCCUCAUUGAAGUUCAUAUUCCUUAUCCUUUACAUCAACAAUACACCCUACUCAAACAUUAAAGUUCUAAAUUGCAGUAAGGCCAAUUUUGACAGUAUGAGGCAAGAACUUUCAAAAGUCAAUUGGGAGAGGCUUUUCGCAGGCAUUGUUGGAAAGUGGGAAGCCUUCAAAAAUGAGCUGAUGAAAGUCCAAGGCAGUGUUUCUGUUAAUGUGAAGAGCAAGGCUGUUAGGUGUAGGGAGUGCUGGAUGACUAGAGAAGUUAAGGUUCUUGUCAAGAAAAGGAAGGAGACAAUAUCAGUUAUAGACCAUUGGGAUUGAAUGAAUCCCUAGAGGAUGAUAAGGACAGUAUGAGUAUACUCAGGAGAAAUCUGGAGGCCACAAGGAGACAUGAGAUAGCUUUGGUGCAUAGGAUUAAGGAGAAUCCAAAGAGAUUUUACAAGUAUGUCCAGGACAAAGAGUAAAUAGGUCCAUUUUAAAGAUCAACAUGUUUGUGUGGUGACAGCUGAAGUAUAAAACAAAUAUAUUGUGUCAGUAUUUACUAUGGAGAAGGAUAUAGAAGCUAGAGGACUUGCAGAAGUAGUGAUAUCUUGAAAAAUGUCCCUAUUACAGAGGAGGUUGUGUUGAACAUCUUAAAAUGCAUAAAGGUGGAUAAUCCCUGGGAUCUGAUCAGGUAUAUCCCAGAAUUCCAUGAAAACAUAGGCAAAUGAUUGAGCCGCUUGCUGAGAUACUUGUAUAAUCAAUGGCUGUGGGUGAGGUGCCAGUAGACUCUAAGGUAGCUGUUCUAGUGCCAUUAUUUAAGAAAGCUGGUAAGGGAAAGUCAGGGGACUAUAGAUUUGUGAUGUCAGUAGUGGUAAAUUGUUGGAGGGGAUUCUAAGGGACAGGAUUUCCAUGUAUUUGGAAAGGCUUGGAUUGAUUAGGGAUAAUCAACAUGGCUUUGUGUGUGGGAAAUCAUGUGUCACUAAUUUGAUUUGAGUUUUUUGAGGAAGUGACAAAGAAUAUUGAUGAAUGUGGAAUGGUGGAUGUUGUUGAAAUGAACUUCAGCAAGGUUCUGCAUGAUAGACUGGUUAGCAAGGCUGGAUCACGUAGAAUCCAGGGAGAGCUAACCAUUUGAAUACAAAAUGAGCUUGAAGGUCGGAGGCAGAUAGUGGCAGUGAAGGGUUGCUUUUCAGACUGGAGACCAGUGACCAGCGGUGUGUUUCAAGGACUCCUGCUGGGGACUGGUUAGUACAUUUGCAGAUGAUGUCAAGAUUAGUGGUGUAGUGCACAGCGAAGAAGGAUGUCUCGGAGUACAAUGGGACCUUGUUCAGAUGCACCAAGGAGUGGUAGAUGGAGUUUACAGAGACACAUAGCUUGACAGCAUGGCAACAGACCUAUCAGUCCAACUUAUUCAUGUCGACCAGAUAUCCUAAAUAAAUCUAGUCGCAUUUGUCAACAUUCGGCCCAUAUCCCUCUAAACCCUUACUAUUCAUUUACUCAUUCAGAUGCCUUUUAAAUGUUAUAAUUGUACCAGCCGCCUCCACCACCACCUCUGGCAGCUCAUUCCAUAUCCACACCACCUUCUGCAUGAAAUAGUUGUCCUUUAGGCUCCUUUUAAAACUUUGCCCUCUCCCCUUAAACAUAUGACCUGUUAUUUUGGACUACCGUAUUCCAGGUAAAACACUUUUUUUUCCCCAAUAUAUGCCCCUCAUGAUUUUAUUAACCUCUAUAAGGUCACCCCUCAGCCUCCUAUGCUCAGGGAAAAAUAGCUACAGUCUCUUCAGCCCCUAGCUCAAACCCUGCAAUCCUGUAACAUCCUUAAAUCUUUUCUGUCACCUUUAUUUGGAAAUCCUAUGCCCUGAUGGACUUAUUUGCUUUAAUUUUCUCUGUGUCUGACUUGUACAAAGCAAUGAUACACUUUCUGCUACAACAAACAGAAAAAGCUGGAGGAACUCGGCAGGUAUGGCAGUACCUGUGGAGAAAGAAACAAGAUUACUAUUUUGAGCCUAAUAUGACUGUUCUGAAGAGUCAUAGUAUUUUGGUUUUAUGUAGCUUUUUGCUGUUUGCAAAUAAUACAAAGCACCUCAACAUGUGGCUAUAGAAAAUAUAGCAUGCAUGUUAGGUCAUUCAGUGCAAGAUGUCCUUUUCAGUGUUUGUUCAUAAACUGGAUUUAUAGUUGCAAAUUGUUUCUCUGAUCUUUUUCUCUGUUUAUAUUCUUGCUUUUCAAACAAUUAUUUAGUUCAGUUUUUUAUAAUUUUAUAGUUUCCCACUUUCAUCUACUCUGAACUCUUAUCUGUUCACUCUGUUAACCUUUCACCUACACCAUUUGGAAUUCUGCUAACUUGUAAAGCCAAAUGCCUGCUAUUCUUUUUCUACAGAAAAGACAAUGAAGGCUUAUCUCUUCAUGUAUCAGACUAUGCUAGAAGGGAUGGGCAGCAAGCUCUACAAAGUUAGAACUGGACUAUUGUCUGAAUCAUAAUGGUUCUUUUAUAGGCCAAUAUACCGCAUUUCUAUUUGCAAACACCACUGUUCCAUGCAAACUCAUUUUCUGGCGAUCCACACCCAUGCAAAUCCCUCAGGGAAGACUGCCAGUGAUUGCAUUGUAAUUUUUGUUGAUAUGCUUGUCAUACCUGAAUAAUUGCAAGUCUAGUGGGAGCUACAAGAUAUUGGUUUGAGGCGUGCUUAGUGUUAAUUGUAUGUGGGUGAAGUGGUACUUAUGAAUUCAGUGUUUAUUUUGGGCAAGGCCUAUCCAUUUACUUUGAUGUAAUUUCAAUUUCCAGCAUUGUUUGCAAAAUUACAACUCCUGCAUUUGUUGUCUCUGCCCAAACUUCAUUCAGAAUUAAAGGCAAUGUUCUUAUUUGUUUACCAUUAA